GUGCCGGCGGCGCGGCAGGCGCGGAGGCCCAACGUGGUGCUCAUCCUCACCGACGACCAGGACGUCUGCCUGGGCGGCAUGACCCCGCUCAAGAAGACGGCCGCCCUCAUCGCGCACAUGGGAGUCACCUUCGUGAACGCGUAUGUUCCCAGUGCGCUUUGCUGUCCCAGUCGAGCUAGCAUUUUAACAGGAAAAUACCCACAUAACCAUCACGUUGUCAACAACACGCUCGAGGGGAACUGUAGCAGCAAAUCGUGGCAGAAGAUCCAAGAGCCCUAUACGUUCCCCGCACUGCUCAAGACCGCAUGUGGCUAUCAAACGUUCUUUGCUGGGAAGUAUUUGAAUGAGUAUGGCGCAGAGGAUGCAGGGGGAGUAGGUCAUGUACCUCCUGGAUGGAGUUUCUGGUAUGCUUUGGAGAAAAACUCCAAGUACUACAACUACACCCUGUCUGUGAAUGGCAAAGCACGAAGGCACGGGGAGAACUACAGUGUAGAUUAUCUCACGGAUGUCCUGGCCAACAUGUCUUUGGACUUCUUGGAGUACAAAUCAAACUUUGAGCCCUUCUUCAUGAUGAUUUCCACACCGGCACCACACUCGCCCUGGACCGCUGCUCCCCAGUAUGCAAAGAGUUUUCCGAAUGUCAGCGCACCAAGAAACAGCAAUUUUAACAUCCACGGCAAGAACAAGCACUGGUUAAUCCGACAGGCAAAGACUCCAAUGACCAACUCUUCAAUACAGUUUCUUGAUGACGCUUAUAGAAAGAGGUGGCAAACUCUGCUGUCAGUAGAUGACCUGAUAGAGAAGUUAGUGAAGAAGCUGGAGUUUCAUGGAGAGCUAGAUAACACUUACAUCUUCUAUACGUCAGACAACGGCUUUCAUACUGGCCAGUUCUCACUGCCCAUAGACAAACGGCAAUUGUACGAGUUUGAUAUCAAAGUUCCACUGCUAGUCCGGGGACCAGGAAUAAAACCAAAUCAGACCAACAAGAUGCUUGUUGCAAACAUCGACUUGGGUCCCACCAUUCUGGAUAUCGCAGGGUAUGACCUGAACAAGACUCAGAUGGAUGGGAUGUCACUGCUGCCACUGCUCAGAGGCGACAAGAACGUGACCUGGAGAUCGGACUUCUUGGUGGAGUACCAAGGAGAAGGCUACAACGGCAGCGACCCCACCUGCCCCGGCCUGGGGCCUGGCGUCACACACUGCUUCCCAGACUGCGUCUGUGAGGAUUCCUAUAACAACACGUACGCCUGYGUGAGGACCCUCUCGACUUCCUGGGAUCUGCAGUACUGUGAAUUCGACGACCGGGAGGUGUUUGUGGAAGUGUACAACUUGACUGCAGACCCACACCAGAUCAAUAAUAUCGCUAAAACGAUAGAUCAAGAAAUUCUGGAGAAGAUGAACUACCGCCUCAUGAUGCUGCAGUCCUGCUCAGGAGCCACGUGCCGCACGCCAGGCGUCUUUGAUCCCGGGUACAGGUUUGACCCGCGCCUCAUGUUCAGCAAUCACGGCGUUCGAGCUCGCAGGUUUUCUGCCCAGUCCUUAUAGAGCAUUAAGAGCUCCCCGUGAUCAGCUCCCACUGACCAGUUUCUCCAGUGACUGCAGCAGGUCUGUCUCUCACCUUUGAUUGAUCACAGCUGGAAGACUAUUAAUGGGCUGUUCAAACCCAGUUUGGAAGAAACCCCCUUGUCUUUAGCUGGUUGCCUUGUGCAAUAUGUAACUUUACAGCUGAACUGUAAUUCUAAAUUGCCAGACACAGCUAAUCUGUCUUGCUCAGAUAUUUGAUUACCACCUUUGUCUUUCAAGUACUUUUUUUCAUAUCACAGGCAUAGGGGUGACCUACGACCUCCGAAUCUGAACACAGUUUAUUUUGUUCUUAAAAAAUCAACCAAUACCCACUUGGCUGUGGUUAGGUAGGCAGGUGUCACUGCACGGAAGUGCUCACCCAUGUUCACACCCUGUCAUAGGGACUUUCUGAAAUGCCAAGUUUAAUUAUGGGUUUCUCAUACUGAGCUCAAAGCUGUUGAUGACAAGAGCAAAGCUGCCCCAAAUGGCAUAGGAAAGCACUAGCCCAGACUGUAGGAUGUGACUGGCGGGUGUCUUGUGCACAGUUAAAAUCAGAAUGCCAGGCCCCUUCUUUGGACACGACCACUUCAAGUGAUACCAGUGCAUUUGAGGGAUCUGCUUGUAAACAAGAAUGUAAAUUCAACCUCCUUCUAGUGUGGAAUGCUAGAGUAGGUUUGUGUACUACUGCAACCUCCAGAGGUAAGGUUUUAGGCUUCUUAAUGAGCUAUCAUUAAGAUGUGAUAAGGACUGAGUUAUCAUAGAACAGGGUUGAGACUAACAAGGAUUCAAGUAAGUGUGUGCCUGCUUUGCGCUCACUUAAGUAAGCUUGGAUACGUGAACAGGAAUACGAGAAGUCAAGAACAAGGCACCGCAACAGAGAUGACCCUUCUCUAACCUCCCAGUGUUUCCAGCUGUCUAACAACUUAAGCCAUUUAGAUGCUUGAAGGUAAAUUUUGAAAGCCAGCUAGCUCACUAAUGUGCAGGGCAAUAGCAAGAGAGCUAUUUGAGGCAGUUUUAAGUGCUUCCUAGAUUUGCUCUGUUGUUGAGAUAUAGCUGCUCAGAACCUGCAGCAAGUGGCCUUUGCACCCAAGGGCUGCACGCCAGACCCGCGACUGCAGCGUGUGUCGCUUGGCUUCCUCUGCAAGGGGGACAUGACCUGGAACGCAGCCCGUGUGAGGAGCCCUCCUGCCAGGGAAACACCAGGCAGGCAGCAAAGGUAGGGCUCUUGCCAAGCUGAUGGGGCACGUGCUCCGGUGCAUACAUCCACAAACUGGCUACAAGUGCAAGGUCCUACCCAGAGCAGCUCAGUUUUCCUCACUUUUCCCUCUGAAGGACAGAGAUUGACUUUCAUGUAGCUUAGAGCUGUAAGAUUCCUGUGACUGAAUACAGGUUAUGUUUCUAUAGCAUCACUGUCUUAAAUCUAGCUCAUUGUUUCAAUCUCUAAAGUGACUGAGCAUUUGGAGGGAAAAAUAGCUUGAGGGAGAMCUUUUCAGCUGGAGUAUCUGUCUAAAGGCUGGGUUUUGGUUGCUGUCUACUUGCAUGCUCUUGGAUGCUCAACAUUUGGGUUCUUUUUCCCUCUGCUACAAGUGUAGCUUUAUCCUGUUGUCUUCAUUGAGCCGCUCAUCAAUUCCCCUCACACCCUGGCUUCUCUUCAAAAACAAAACCAAAGCUGUUUCUGUGCUCUCAAGUGUUUGUUCUUGCACACGGAGCUCAGCCUGAAGUUCACUUAAGUGGUGUUUUGCUCAGCUGUUUUUAGCAACUUAAAUUUGUUCUUUGUUGAAACUUUCUGGUAGCUGUGUAGAGGCUAGAGUGAAAUAAGUUGAUAGCUGCAAAUUAAGUCCUAACCAGUGCUGCCCUAUCUAAAAAAUGGGGCAUGAGACAGUUGAAAUUCUGUGCAAGCUGUGUCAUGAUGCUAAUCCACCAUGGUUACAAAUUAAGUUGAUCAAUUUAACACUCUUCUUAAAACAAUCUAAACCAUAGUAAGCAUUUUUAAUAAAUAAUGUGCUGUCUAAUAAUUGACAUGAAAACUAACUGAAUGGAAUCAACAUGGAAUAGUGAGAAGUGGGAUCAGAGAAAGCAUUUUAAUCAAAUGAACACUCUUGCUAUCUGCACAGCUGUGAAGAGUUUUGUCUGCAAUAAGGCUCAAUAUCCAACACUAGGGUCAGAGAUCCACCCUAUCCUGCAGUCUGUCACAGGCAUUAAAUGUCACGUCACACUCAAUUUUGGAACAGAAUUGCUUGGUCCUUACUGCACCAAAAGAGAAUGGCUGCUCAGGGUACCUGCUUCACUCGCUCUCUGCCACACACUUGAGAUUUAUGGAUUCAGCAGAAGCCCCUCGAGGGCAGGGCAGGCCCUGCAGCUGCUGGGGUCCCACGGCCUUUGCAGCAAACCCCCAGUGUGGCUUGUGUCUCUUGGCAGGAAGCAGUCACCUCCAGGGCUAUGUUGUACAGCCCUGAAUGAGCAGUAUUAAUUCUUACCAUUGACAAUAAAGGAAUAUUAUGAAGGAACUUUUAACUUGCAGCCACAUCUAAUUCCCAAAUAAGUCAUUUUAAAAUUAAAUGUUUUCCCUUGCUUUCCCUUUGCUAUGUGACUUGAGCAUGGCUGUUUCAGUAYCCUGUUACUGAAAGCACUUGUAUUCAAAAAUGAAGAGCCCUUACACGUGCAGAGUUUGGAUGCAAGUGAAAGGUGAGAGAUGGUUUGUUUGGUUGUUCAUACCUGGUUCUGAUCUAGUAAAGGAGGUGGCCUUACUCUAUGGUGAGAAAUGUGGCUAACAGCUCCCUUAUUCCAGUAACCUGAACUGUAAACCUUAUUCUCAGGCCAUUACUUCAGUGUAAGCAAAUAGAGCUAACUCUCUCCUUAGUCAGCAUAGGCCCAAGAACUGUCAUUCUUGUCUCGGCAACAAACCUAUAGAACAACUCACACAUAUGCAUACACACAAAACAGGUGUAAAAAUCUGUUCCAAUUAUCACACUUAAGUCUGAUCAAUUACCU